AUGGUUGCAAAUUCAAAGGCUAACCAAAGUGAUGUUAUCGCACUGAAGUUGAAGAAUGCUUAUCCGGAAGUAUGCAAAAAUGGUUUGCGAUUAUGCACUAAGGAGAAAGCAGAGCAGACAUGCAGACCCCUGGAUAUAAAUUAUAGCGCCAGUAACUCAAAGCCAACGGGCAGCUUCAAUAGUAUGUGUGAGAAAGGCAAAUGGGAAGUUGAGAAUAUGCGCAGACUUCGAAACUAA